AUGGAGAGAAGUCUGGGGGUUCGUAAUGAACUUUCAAAUGUACUCGUCGCACUGAUACCAUAUAUCCAUCUCCCAGGGACCUUCUAUCCUUUAGCUAUCCGAACGAAUGGUAAGUUCAAGGCUAUGAUGCAAACGCAUGCUUUUUGCAUGGCCAUUUUUGCUAAAGAUGAUCAUACCAUGAUUACACUGUCAUACAUUGCGACAAUUUUGAAAUUUGACGAUGAGUUAGCUAACUUUACAGGUAAAAUUAGUGAUUGGGGUGCACUUAGGUAUUUACACUUAUGUGAACAAGCGAAUGACAACUAUCAGUGUGGUACACACAUAUUCUGGAACUCUUUUACCCCUCUGCUCGUGCAUCGGCAUAGAAUAGCGACAUAUCCUCAAAUCCAAUUGCUAGCCAAGGCCAAGUUUAUCGUGCCAUUAAUGAAGGGUUUAUUAUGGUCUUUGAACAAGCUGGCUUGCCCGGAUUGUCAUGAGGCGACCUGUGGUGUUGCAACUGCAGAAGACGGUGGAUGGGCAGCAGGAUGUUUAGAUAAGGUGCAGUUAUAUGUUCUUGUCAAGAGAUCAAUUGAGCAAAACACUCUGCUCGACGAUAAUAUUGUUCACGAACUUCUUCGUAUGACCCUGAAUGGAACGUUGCCACAAGCCGGAUUGACAAUUAGUUUUGUUUUGUGUAGUUAG